UAUUCAAUUACGUCGCCAUAAAAAAAAACGUUCAUUCCCUCGUAUUUUUUUAAGGCCUGGUGUCGAGGAUUUAUUACUCGGAAUCACUUAAGAAUGUUGGAUCAAUCAGCGACGACGAUACAGCGGCACUGGCGAGGUUUUAUGGCACGUGAAUCCGCGAGAUCCCAUCUCAUAGAUCAAGUGACGAAAAUGUGGUGGCAGCAUUAUCACCGAUGUGCUACGAAGAUUCAAGCACUUUGGCGUGGCUACGAAGCUCGCAAAAAUGGCGUUAGUUUUCCAAAGUACCGCCAAUGGUUGCAGUCGGUCUAUGAGAAGAACACUGAGACAUCGACGAGGAUGAAAGAGUUUCGCGAUUCGGAAUUGGCGUACAUGAGGAACCUCAUGGAGCGUGAAUCCAUGCUUUGGAUUCUGUUCAUCCUCUUCAAGCUACACCAUCUUCUGAGCACCGAGUCUCAACCGGGUGUCCUAGCGCGCAUUGACAAAACGAGGCUCACAAAGAUUGAGAAGAUGAUGCGAAGCCUGGAGUAUACCCUGUACGUGGAAAAGCGGCGCCUAGAAAAGUGCAGUGCCCAACCACCGGAUGCACCGCCGCUGCUGUUUGAAGGGACGUAUUUUGCACGUUGCGAAAAAGAGAUUCGAGAUUUAGAGCGAAGUUUGGAACUCGGCAAGGGCUCCAUUCGCAGAGGCGAGUGUGUUCAAUUUUAUUUGAAGAGCUCUAUUUUACAAGUACCAAAAACCUUUGAUACUCGUAGGCAUAUCUUACGAGGAGCAAGAAAAGUGUUUGAAAAAUAUUGAUCGGCUUCGGAUGCAAUCGGAGUCUGGAAAAUUCGGUACUAAAGUGCCCUUCAGAACAGUCACUCGAUGCAAGGCGCCAUGCACUUGGGAUACUUCCAUUCGAGUAGCAACAGGUGUUUACGAACCGCCAAAAUCUGGGUUUACGGAACUCAGAUUACCAAGGGACAAGUCUAAAGAGCUCUAUGGCGAUUUCAAAGUUGUUUUCAAACCGAAACAAUUGUUCGAAACCAUCGAUAAGAUGAAAUGCCCG